AAAUAGACAUCUGGAUCAAAAAUGCGUGUCAGAUAUGUUUGUCGAAUUUUGGAAUACUGAAUUACAUUCUUAAAUUUAGGUUAUCGAAGAGGAAAAAUACGCGAAAUAAUCGCGACUGAAUUCGCUGUUGCUAGGGGCAACCGGCGAAACUUUGUAUAGCCUCAAACCGUCGGAUCACUGCAGCUCAUUGCGGCUGAGACGCCUUUGUGAAGAAAUCUGAUUUUUUUUUCUUUCUGCAACACACAGCCUUGGAAGAUUCAACAUGACAUCUCCUCGGAAAAUCCAAAUAGACCUCAAAACGAUGAUCAAAGACACUAAACAGGAUAUGGAUGAUGUGCACCAAGCCCUGGAAAAACUCAGAAGUCUCUCCCAGGAAGAGAGGACAGAGGCAGAAGUGCUGCGUUCAAGAAUCGACGAGCAGUCUACUCUCAUCUGCAUCCUGAAACAGAGAGCAGACGAGAUGCUUCUGCGCUGUCAGGCUCUGGAGAAGAUCAACACAGAGCUGGAGAACCUGAGAGCCAAUGUGCAGGUGGAGCUGGAGAACGAGAGGAAGAAAUCCGAACUGCUGGAGCAGAGAUUCAUGCACCUGGCCUCCAAUCACAGAGAGCUGAUCAACUUCAAGAACGAGUACAAAAGCCAGAAUGCGAAGCUGGAGAAAGAGAAUGAGAGACUCAGAAAGGAAAAUGAAACGCUAUUCAGCGAGGAAGUGCAAGAAAAAGAGGAGACGAUCCUCAAACUGACCCAAGAGCUCAAGGACUUGGCAGAGCAACAUAAGAUACUAGAAACGGAGUAUCAGGAGAAAACAACAGGUUUCCAGAUUAAACUGAAAGAACUGAUCAACCUCCAUCAGAUCAAAGAGGCAUCUUUGAAGAACGAACUAAGCGACACACAAAAACAGCUGAAGAAUGCUGUAGAGAUGUGUGCAGAGUUGGAUCUCAAACUAAGACAAACACAGGAAAAAGAAUCAAUGCGAGAGACAGACACUCAGGAAAGACUGGAGAAACUCAUGAAGGAAAAGGAUGAGCUAAUCGAUCUCUCUGUGCAGCGGGGCAAAGUUAUUCUGGACAAACAAGCUGAAAUUCAGGAGCUGGAGAGGAAAAGGCAGGAAGCUGAGAAUGGCAGACUAGAUGCAGAGAACAGGUUUGAAAAGGAAGCAGCAGCCGUGAACAGUGAGUUAAGAGUGAAGGAACUGCAGGAUGCCUUAGAGAGGGCAGAGGACACCUGCGAUGAGUUGAAAAAGGCGUUUGAGGCAUUUAAAAAGCACAGCAGUGAACUGCUUGAAAAGGAGAAGGAUUUAAACUGCAAACUUCGCCACAUGGUCAUCUGAGUCAUCCAUCCCAUUUACAGUGCAUUUCUACCAUAAAAGUCAGCCAUUAUAAAGCAAAACUCACUCACUUCCUGCUCUGACAGCUGAGCUGGAUCAUCACACUUGGAGUGGUUGUACAGUAUAUAAUGAACCAGCAGACAAGGAUGAGGUGAGAACGUCUUCCGUCAGUAGAGGGCAGUGUAAUGUGUUUCUGUAGGGCAAAAGUGGGUUUGUUGGUAGUUUGCAAAUAGGUUGUUUUGGCUGAACUGUGACUUUUUGAAAUAAAAAAAAAUAACAUUUUUAAACUUC